AUGCUAACUUUACCUGAAGGCACGGACGGAUUCACAGUUUACUGUGAUGCAUCAAGGAUAGGACUAGGAUGUGUCCUCAUACAACAUGGUCGAGUAAUAGCCUAUGCUUCUCGACAGUUAAAGAAAAAUAAAGCAAAUUACCCAACCCACGAUUUGGAAUUAGUGGCGCUAGUUUUUGCUUUAAAGAUUUGGAGGCAUUAUCUAUAUGGAAUAACAUGUGAGAUAUUCACGGAUCAUAAGAGUUUGAAGUAUAUCUUUGACCAACGUGAACUACACCUUAGACAAAGGAGAUGGUUAGAGUUAUUAAAGGAUUAUGAUUGUUCUAUUCAGUACCAUCCUGGAAAAUCCAACAUAGUGGCAAAUGCUUUGAGUAGAAAAGUGUUGCAACAUGGCACUAGACUGUGUGUGCCAGAGCUGGAUAACUUAAGACAAAAGAUCAUGGAAGAGACCCAUGGAUCUACAAAUAGUGUUCAUCCAGGAUCAACAAAAAUGUAUCGAGGUAUUAAGGAAUUGUAUUGGUGGAGUGGAAUGAAAAAGGACACUACAGAGUAUUUAGCUAAAUGUCCGACUUGUCAGCAAGUCAAACUAAAACAUCAACGACCAUAUGGAUUUUGGCAAGCUUUGCCUAUUCCAGAAUGGAAAUGGGAAAAGAUCACCACGGAUUUUGUGGUCGGUUUUCCUAGAAUUCAAAAAGGAUUUGACUCCACAUGGGCAAUAGUAGAUCGUCUAACAAAUCAGCACAUUUUAUACCCAUCAAAACGACAUAUUCAGCAGCAAAAUUGGCACAAGUGUAUAUUGACAAGAUUGUUUGUGUACACGGAGUUCCAGUGUCAAUUGUUUCUGAUAGAGGUUCAGUUUUUACCUCACGCUUCUGGAAAAGUCUGCAAGAAGCGCUAG